AUGUCUCAAGGUCGCUACAUUGGCGGUGAUGCUCCCAAAGAUCGGUUCCUGAGCUUGCUCGGUAGGACGUUCUCCCAUUGGGCCGAUGGCUGGAUGGAUAAGCCGAACUUCCCGCGACUUCCUGCGCUUACUGACUUUUAUGACACCGAGGAAGACAAGGCAAAAGUCAUGAGUGAGCCUGUCCCAGUCCGUCAAGGUCUCGCAAAUCCCAAGACACUCACACUGUCACUCUCGGACCCAGAGUCCAAAACAGCUCGCUUCAACGACUUGCUUCGCAUUGAUCCCAAAGAGCUCAUUGUUGGCGUUAUUCCGGGUUUUACUCCGGGCCACGGAAAAGAGGUUCUCCCAUACCUAUCAAAGGAGGAGACCAUUGAAGCUUGGCUCGAAGGUUCGCUCAAUGAGUGGUCAGCUAGCGGUCUUGUAGUUCCAGACCAAGAGCGCCUCGUUCAAAAGGGCUUAGGGGAACUCCACAGUGAGCUACAAGUCAAAAUUGACAAUGCCAGCCAAGUUAAGGAGAAGUCCUUCUUCUGUUCUGGUCUCUUGUCUAUCAAAGGAGUGCAAGGCUACCUGCGCAGCUGGACAAUCUUGACACAAAAUGCAGCUGCUCACGCCUCGAAUGAAGAUUAUAAGGCCAACAUGGAGGACAUCUCCAAGCGAUUGUCACAUCCCGUCGAUUAUCCACCCAGAGACUUCCAAGAUGCAGUGCAACUGGUCUUUUCCGUGCACUGUUGCCUGCAUCUAGUCGGCGAAUCGACUGCACUGGGCCGUCUGGAUCUGAUCCUUUGGUCAUUCUUGGAGAAGGACAGUAUCUCUUUGGGCCGUGCCAAUGAGAUUGUGGACUGUCUCUGGCUAAAGAUCGGAGAGAACACCUUUGUCAAUCGUGCCUUUGUCUACAACCAUGGAGGUGGCAUCAAUCAGUCUGUUCAGCAAGUUACUGUCGGUGGUUACAAAGACAUUAAGUUCGUUAUCACUCCUGACAUCCGCAAUUUUGAAGGUUAUGUCGGCGACGGUGCGCCUCGCGGUGCCUCAGCCGAUGGUCGCCGUAAUGGUAUAUCCAUUGCCUCUGACCUUUCCCCUGUCCCAGCUACACAAGACCUCCUUCCCAAUCCUGCCCUCAAAGAUAUAUACCAAGCCAUGGAGAGUUAUAUAUCCAACGCUGUGGCGUACGGGCUUCCGAACGCAUCGCUUGUGGACAUAAACAUUGAUGAAACCUUUCCGCUGGAAGACUUAAAAGAGUUCGUCAAGCGAUACGCGCAGGGGCACAAGGCCGUGAAAUAUCUGGAAAAGUACAAUCUUCUCCGGGUCAGAAUGGGCGAAUGGACUGAAUUCUACGCUACUAUGUUCCCCGAGCAUCAGGGUCAACACCAAAGACGACGAUACUUUGAGCCUUGA